AUGACCGAACACAAUCACGUUGGCCAAUACUAUAGCAACAUUGAUUGGACCCAUCAUCAACUGAUGUACACGUUUGUCACACGUCACAGGAUUGUUAAAGGAUUCAAUCAACUACAGCCGCCCUUCCCUCGCACUGGAGCCAGUUCAGCCAUCCUCCGUUCACUGAUCAAUCCACCAACUAUGUUCUUCUUCGGAGGAUCAAGCAUUCAAAACCAACACAACGAUCUGUACCACUUCACCUUUGAUCCUAAUGACUCCAAAACCAGCCUGACUGCUGGGAUUGUCAACACACUUGGACAAGCCCCUGCGCCGCAAUCUCAUGCUAUUCUCUCUGCAACUGAUGGCCACCUUUUUCUAUGGGGUGGUCAGACAAAUUCCAAUGUUCCAGACUACCAUCUCUACCGCCUUUCCCUAUCAACAAACUACUGGAAUCACUACAUCAUAUCCGGACCCUCCCCAGCUCUUUUGUUUGGUUCAUCUUCUACAAUUUUUGAAGGCUUUCUCUAUGUUUAUGCCAGCCAUGAUGUUAAUCGAUCUGUCCAAGGUGAUAUGUGGCGGAUUGAAUUAGACAGUUUACCUUCUGUCCCGUCUUGGGAGUUAAUCUCGUCCUCCAAAGAUCAAAUCUGUCCUCCUGCUUGUACAAGCCACUCUGCGGUAGUUUAUUCAAACUCCUGGAUCAUCUUUGGUGGAACAGACGGCGUCAACGUUUACAACGAUCUGUGGGAGUAUUGCUUCCUUUCUGCCAAUGGUUCUGUACCCCCUCCGUGCAAGGAUCACCUGGUUACCCAAGUCAAGGAUCACAUGUAUGUCUUUGGUGAACAUGAUGUUUCUGAUCAUAAAAUUUUUGACUUCUUCGCACUUGACCUUAUCAACCAUGUUUGGCAUGGAUUGUCUUCCAAUGGCCUUGAGCAAGUAGAUCCUUGUGGGAAGGCGGUAGUUGCAUGGGUUGAAACAAUAUACGUAUUUGGUGGACUAUUAUCAAAUAAUUCACGUUUUUAUCACACUCCCAACAGCAUCUCCGCUUGGAAUCAACAGCUUCAACAUCAAAACUACAUUUUCACCUCUUCAAUGGAGUCCCUUUCUUCAGUUGAGGACUAUCCAGCGAAAGAACCCCCGCCUGGCAAACAAAUCCAACCUCAAAAGCAAGCUAAGAGGUGGGAUCAAGCACGGGAAAAACGAGAACAACCUGUCUGUACCCCUGGCCAGCACCAGAACAUCUACCAUCAUUCUGUACCUCCAUCUUGCCAACACGACCCCUGA